GAGGAUCGUAAUAUCGGCGGACUUUUCAGUCAUUUCACUACGUGUUUCUGAAAGUUUUGUCGGUGUGUCUUUAGACGGACUGUGAGCUACGUGACAUUUUUCGCAGCGUUUUUAAAUUUAUAUCAAGUAACGACAGAGUGGAAAAAAAAAUCCUGCGAGACAGCUUGCAGCUGAGUUGCUUGCUUAGGAAAACUAACUAGUCUAGCUAGAACUAACUAAGCUACUAACACACACAGCCAUGGCCGCAAGCAGCAGUAGCCGUAACCCUGUGCCCAGUGUGGGCGACCUCGUCCAGCAGGCUCGGCGGGCCUUCCAGCACACGUUCGGAGGAGAGGAGCCCCGGGUAUCCGUGUGCGCCCCCGGCAGGGUGAACCUCAUAGGGGAGCACACCGAUUACAACCAGGGAUUCGUUCUACCCAUGGCGUUGCCCCUUGUGACUGUAAUGGUGGGCAGUAAAAACCCCGACCAGAAUGUUUCCAUCGUCACGCUGACAGAAAGUGUGGAAGAGCCCAGGCGAGUGGACUUUGUUCUGCCACAAAACAAAGAGACUAUAUCUCCUGGGCAACCUGGCUGGGCUAAUUACAUAAAAGGAGUGUUGCGCCACUAUAGAGCUGGACCCCUUCCAGGUUUCCGAGCUGUAGUGACUAGCGCCGUGCCCCUUGGCGGGGGGCUCUCUAGUUCGGCCUCGCUGGAAGUUGCGACGUACACGUUCCUGCAGCAGCUUUGCCCAGAUGACGGAGACAAGGUGGCGAAGGCAGUGGCUUGUCAGCAGGCUGAGCAUACCCAUGCUGGAGUGCCCUGUGGAAUCAUGGACCAGUUUGUGUCUGUACUGGGCAAGGAGGGCCAUGCCCUCCUAAUCGACUGCAGAUCGCUAGAGAGCACAUUGGUGCCACUGAAGGAUCCCAACCUGGUGAUCCUCAUUACCAAUUCGAACGUGCGGCAUUCGCUUACAGGCAGCGAGUAUCCCACUCGGAGAAGGCAGUGUGAAGAGGCCGCUUCUAUCCUGGGGAAGGACAGCCUGAGGGAGGCUACACUGCAGGACCUACAGAAUGCCAAAGAUCAACUGGAAAGUGUGACUUUCCGCCGAGCACGUCAUGUAAUUGAGGAAAUUGAGCGCACCGUACAAGCGGCAGAAGCACUGAAGCGUGGAGAUUACCGGGAAUUUGGCAAACUGAUGAUUGCUAGCCACAACUCACUCAGGGACUAUUAUGAAGUGAGCUGCAAAGAACUAGAUGAACUUGUUUCUGCAGCUUUGGAAGUGGAGGGGGUGUACGGAAGUCGCAUGACGGGAGGGGGAUUCGGUGGCUGUACAGUCACCUUGCUGGAGGCUGAUGCAGUAAACGGAGCUAUCCAGCACAUCACGGAGCAGUACAGUGGAUCCCCCACCUUCUACAUCACUACUCCAUCCGAUGGAGCACGGGUCCUUUGACAAUCAAACGUACUCAUGCAGUGUUUUCCCACAAUAUUUUUUGUUCUAUUUCAGAAUCUUAAAUAUGUCCACAUGUGUAAUGUGCUCAUGUUAAUCUUGUGCUGUUAAAUCAAUAUGGGUACAAUUAAAGUUGUAUUUCAGUGUU